GCUCGGAUGCUAACCGUGCACAUGCCCCGGACCCGGGCAAGACGAUUCGAUUGAUUCUUUUCUCUUCCAAUGUCCAAUUGUCUUCUGUCCUUCUGUUCUUCCUUGUGAAGUCAAAAGGAGACGAAAGCUAGCUGACAAUGGCAGCAACAGCGAUCCAUAAGCAUCUAUUGUCGAUAAUUAUAGCAGUGGUUUCGUCGCUGUUGGUGGUGGAAUCCGGCAAUACGAACCACAUCUACCGGCCGUGCAGUGACACCACCGUACAGCGGUCGGAUGGGUUCACUUUUGCCAUCGCGUUCGCCUCGAGGACUGCCUUCUUCUACAACAAUAAUAACAGCCUUCAGUUAUCUCCUUGCGAUUCAAGGCUCUCUCUCUCUAGCCAGAGUUCUAAGAUCUCCGUUUUUAGACCUAAAGUCGACGAGAUCUCCCUCCUCACCAUCAACACCUCCUCCUUCAUUCCGGAGAAUUAUGGUGGAUAUAUGGUCGCAUUUGCUGGUAGAAAAUAUGCUGCAAGGUCUCUUCCUGCUUUUGUUGCAAACAGCACGUACACUGUAACAAGUUUCACUCUUGUGCUUGAGUUUAAGAAGGGCCGGCUACAAAACCUUUACUGGAAAAGAGAUGGAUGCGCUAGAUGUACAGGAAACAAUAACUUUGUCUGUCUUAACAAUCAGGACUGUGCAAUCAGAACAUCAAACUGCAAAAACCGUGGAGGUUCGGUAGAUUGCAGCCUUGGUAUCCAAUUGGCAUUCUCUGGCACAGAUAAGCAUCUUGCGGUUCUCAACUCGUGGUAUGAGGUGGAAAAUCUGAGGCAGUACUCUCUUUUUGGCCUUUACUCAAAUCUCAGAAAUUCUCUCACUAGCCAGUACAAUAAGAUAUUUUAGUUGUGCUUGUAGAAGUUCUGCUCCUGAUUUGUUAUAAUUCCACCCCCUCCUCACACCCUCAAACCAACACAAAAAGAAAAAAGUUACCUACACCUCGACUCUUUUCUGAUGGAUGCUUCAUUUCCCUGUUGCCAUCUCUUUGUAGUUGUUGCGUGUAAAUUUUGGAAUACAACCGAUUAUUUGUGAUUAUAUGUGAAGAGAAAUUGUUAUGGUUGAAA